GAGGCGUUGCCGCCUCCACCGGCGCCGCCACUCUUCCUGAAAUGGCAGACUCAACCCUGUUCCCUUUCCAACCCCAAGACCAAAAUGACUUCAACUUGGACGACGAAGAUCUCCUGGACACAGAGGAUCUGUUUUCGGACCCCGUAAUUUGGCAAGUUUGCAACGAUUUAACCGCAAACUCACCGCCACUCAACCCUGCCUUCCUCCAACCAUUGGCUCAGUAUAACUGCGCUUGCUGUCAAAUCCUUCGAGAGAUCACUCACACCAAUGGUGAUUUCAAUCAUUUUCUUUCUCAAUUCACUUCAUCCCAUUUCCACCGUUUUCAAUUUGUUACUUUGAUUUUUUGUAGGCGUGAACCUGAAGCGGCUGGAGAUUCAUGGAGUGUUUGGGAUAAUCACUCACGCUCUUCUCGGAAUUUAUGACUGUGGCUCGUCUUUGCAGACCCAAGAUUCCCAAAUGUUCGAUUUUCACAAGGAGAGCACGGUGGCAGUGAAGAAUUUCUUGGUGGAGUAUUACGAGGUUUGUAGACGAGAAGGGUACAGUCCGAUGCAAGAUCCUCUCUCGACGUUCUAUGAAGCUCUUAGUGUUGGAUUCAACCAACCAGAUAACACGCCUCAUUUUCUUCAAUUUGCACCGGAUAUAACAGGUGAUUAUCAAAGUGAGCAGUUGAAUGAAGCAGGAGGAUCCAUGAAGAUCCCCCUUGCAAUGCAGAGGGAAAGGACUCGGAAUCUGGGGAUCAAUGACUUUGUAGAAUACUUUCAUCUUCCGAUCGAAGAAGCUGCUCGAAGAUUGAAUAUAUGCCCGACAGUCAUGAAGAAGAUCUGCAGAAAGAAUGGUGUCUUAAGGUGGCCUUAUAGAAAGAUAAAAAGCGUUGAGAGAAAAAUAUCAAACUCUGAGAAGGCUACAGAAGAAAGUGCAGGUGAAGAAAAAGCCAAGGCUUUAGAGGAACUACAGCAAUACAAGAUACAACUAAGUAACAUUUAUGCAGAAUUCACAAAGUAGCAUUCUUAU